CAGCCAAGCGGAGCCACCACUGGCUCACCCUCAUCGUGACCUUCGCUUGAUGAUGUUUGCUCUCCGACAUGCGUUCAGCCGGGUGGCCGUGGCGCCGGCGUCGGCGUCCAUCGCUCGCUUCUCGUCGUACGGGUCUGCUGCUCCGGCAUUGAUCGAACCUGUGCGUCUCAACAACUUGGCCGACAACCCUGGCGCCGCGCGCAAGGGCAAGCGUCUCGGUCGUGGUAUUGGAUCCGGCAAGGGCAAGACAUGCGGCCGCGGGCACAAGGGUCAAAAGGCUCGCAGCGGUCGCUCCGGUCCUGCUUUGGGUUUCGAAGGCGGGCAGACACCCAUCUACCAACGCGUGCCCAAGCGCGGCUUCAACAACAAGUGGGCCACUCCCAUGGAAACGCUCAACGUGGACCGAUUGCAGUUGUUCAUCGACAUGGGCCGCGUGGAUGCGACCCAGACCAUCACGAUGAAGACGCUGGUCGACUCUGGUCUUCUGACCACGUCCCGCGUCAAGCACGGCGUCAAGUUGCUGGCCAAGGGCAAAUCUGCGCUGACAACGCCCAUCAACAUCGAGGUGUCCCAGGCAUCCCAAGGUGCGAUUGAAGCCGUGGAACUCGCGGGUGGCGCCAUCAAGUCGGUCUACUUCAACCGCCUCGGCCUGCGCUCUCUGCUUAAACCGCACAAGUUCGACGGCAAGCCGCUGCCCCAACUGGCCCGCCCGCCCCCUAAGAAGAUGGGAUACUACACGGACAUUAACAAGCGAGGGUACCUCUCGGCGGAGAUCCAGGCCCAGGAAGCGCUCAAGAAGAUCCAGUCGUCGUCAGCUUAAUCAAUCGAAUGCAGCAUACCGUCAUUCUAAACUAACGUUAGUAUGAAUGCAGCACUAAUAAGCACUUACUAGUAACGUUAAGCAAGUGAAAUUGAAGACCUACA